AGUAGCAGUAUUACUAAUAGUACCGCUAGUUGUUUUUUUUUUCUCAAUAUUUUGGACUCUUGCAUGAUCCAAAAGGUUGCUGUGGCUUUUUUCUUUUUGUUUUUGUUUGAAAAUGGAGUUCUAUCUUGUGUUGUGUGUCGGCCAUUGAGUGUUCGAUUGAAUCUCUGAGCCAAGGAGAAGAAAAACAAAGAAGACGAGAAAAAGGAAAAGAAGAUUCAAUUUUUUUUUCUUUUCAAUUUCCCACACCAAAAAGUUUCCAACUGGGUUCUUCUUUUUGUUUUUGUUUUCUCAACUAAUUACUUUUAACUGAAGAAAUUUGAGAGCUUUGUUUUAUAGUUUCUUCAUUCUUGGAUCGUUGAAGCAGAGUUAGCUCGGAAUUUUUUAUCUGAGAAGUUAAAGGAAUUGAAACGAAGUCGUUUAGGAUUCUUUUCUGGGUAGAGGGACUGUGAGUUAGUUUGGGUUAAAAAGAGUCUUACUGUUGAGGCUGCUCCACUGGUUUCAUUGAGUGUACACUUUAUUAGGGUUUUUGUGUGUUUUUCAAAUUAAGUUUAUUGUGUUUUGAUGGUUGAAGUUUUCUAAGGGAGGUUUUUUCUUUCUGGGAUGAGUGAUGUAAUUGAAGCAUUGAAUUUAAGAGGGGAGAGGGAGCAAAGAUAUUUCGAAGCUGGUCUGUUUUUCUGUUUAUUCUUAAUUAUGGGGUUCUAUAGAAUUAGUGGUAUUGAUUGUGGGUAUUGUUUUAUGUGGAGUUUUAGAACAGAUUCCUUUGGUGAAUCGUGCCACAAAGUUUAGAUCUUCCAUCUCUACUUUGGUCUUCUUUAUCUAUUUAAGGUCUUAUUUGAUAAAGGAAUCAAAAACUAGUAAAGGGUGUUCAUUUCUGGGAAGAUUUUGUAGUUUUUCCUUUUUUUUUUUCAAAAGAAUUAUCACUUAAGAUGAUUACGUUUAUGGAUUCAAAAGAGAAACUUAAAGAGGUGGAGAAGUGUUUAGAUCCUCAGUUAUGGCAUGCCUGUGCUGGAGGUAUGGUUCAGAUGCCAAUGGUAAAUGCAAAGGUGUUUUACUUCCCUCAAGGCCAUGCCGAACAUGCCUGUGGUCCUGUUGAUUUCAGCAAAAUCCUCAGGAUUUCAUCUUUCACACUAUGCAAAGUUUCUUCCAUUAAAUUCAUGGCUGAUCCUGAGACUGAUGAGGUUUUUGCCAAGUUAAGGUUGAUUCCUUCUUCUGCUGGUGUGAAUGAGCUUGGCUUUGAUGAUGAUGGUAUUGGAGGAGGGCUUAAUGGGUCUGAAGCUCAAGAGAAACCAGCAUCAUUUGCCAAGACUUUGACCCAGUCAGAUGCCAACAAUGGUGGUGGAUUCUCAGUACCAAGAUACUGUGCCGAAACCAUCUUUCCACGUUUGGAUUACAAUGCCGAUCCCCCUGUUCAGACUAUCCUUGCUAAGGAUGUUCAUGGCGAAACAUGGAAAUUCAGACAUAUAUAUAGAGGGACGCCAAGGCGGCAUCUUUUGACAACAGGAUGGAGUACUUUUGUUAACCAUAAGAAGCUGGUUGCUGGGGAUUCAAUUGUGUUUUUAAGAGCUGAAAAUGGCGAUCUCUGUGUUGGUAUUCGUCGUGCUAAGCGGGGUAUGGGAGGUGGAACGGAGUCCUCUUCGGGUUGGAAUCCAACUGGUGGGAAUUGUGCUAGUCCUUAUGGAGGAUUUGCUGCUUUUUUAAGGGAUGAAGAGAACAAGAUGUUGAGAAAUGGUAAUGGUAAUGGAACGAACUCGAAUGGUAGUCUGAUGGGGAAGGGGAAAGUGAGGCCCGAAUCAGUUAUUGAAGCUGCAACACUUGCUUCUAAUGGUCAACCAUUUGAGGUUGUUUACUACCCUCGAGCUAGUACUCCUGAGUUUUGUGUCAAAGCGUCCUUGGUAAGAGCCGCAUUACAGAUCCGUUGGACCCCUGGAAUGAGGUUCAAGAUGGCCUUUGAAACCGAAGAUUCUAGCCGAAUAAGUUGGUUUAUGGGAACUAUAUCUUCUGUCCAGGUUUCUGAUUACCAUCGCUGGCCUGAUUCUCCAUGGAGACUACUCCAGGUUUCAUGGGAUGAACCUGAUCUACUUCAAAAUGUGAAACGAGUUAGUCCGUGGUUGGUAGAAUUGGUGUCUAACAUGCCGGCCAUUCAUCUCUCACCAUUCUCACCACCAAGAAAGAAAUUGAGAUUGCCCCAGCAUUCAGAUUUCCCACUUGACACUCAUAUUCCAAUGCCGAGUUUCACCGGCAAUCUCUUUGGUCACAGUAACAACUUUAGUUGUCUGUCCGAAAACACUCCUGCUGGCAUGCAGGGAGCCAGGCAAGCUCAUUUUGGUCUAUCUUUAUCAGAUCUUCACUUCAAUAAACUGCAACCGAGCCUUUUCCAGGCUGGUUUCCCACCAUUCGAUCAUGGUGCUGCGCCCGCUAAGUUCCCCAACAAUGCAAUGAAUCAGAAGCCGCUGAGCCUCAAUGAAAAUGUUUCUUGCUUGUUAACAAUGUCCCAUACCGCACAAACACCUAAGAAGUCUACUAAUGAUGUAAAGACACCGCAGCUCAUACUCUUUGGUCAACCGAUACUAACAGAACAGCAGAUCUCUUUAAGCUGUUCUGGUGAUACAGUCUCGCCAGUUCUUACUGGAAACAGUUCAUCAGAUGGGAAUGGUGAUAAAGCAGCUAACUUUUCUGAUGCUUCUGGCCAACAACGACGCUCACCCUGCGAAGGGCUCCAAUGGAAUAAGGAGACUGAGCCGAACUUGGAAACUGGUCACUGUAAAGUUUUCAUGGAGUCAGAAGAUGUAGGGCGCACCCUUGAUCUCUCUGUGCUUGGCUCUUACAAUGAAUUGUAUAGGAAACUUGCAGACAUGUUUGGAAUAGAAAACUCUGAAACACUAAGCCAUGCUCUCUAUCGCGAUGGCACAGGUGCAGUAAAGCACAUCGGAGAUGAACCAUUCAGUGAGUUCACGAAAACCGCGAGGAGGUUGACAAUUCUAAUGGAUUCGGGAAGCGACAACGUAGGACAUGUAAAGACAGACAAACAUUAGCUCAAUUGUGCAGCCUCAAAUGAUUUAUAAUCUCUUAGUUCCUUCCCAAUGCUGACCAAAAAUUCUACCUUGUGAAGCCACUCUGAUCCAACCAAAGACUCUUCACAUUAUUGUUAUUCUUCUUUUUUGCCCAAUUUUGGUCGAAGAAAUAAGUCUUUGAUCAAAUAAUUUACGACUAUUUUCCAUGGCAGUUUUGUUUGUUUGUUUGUUUGGUUUUAAUAUUAUUCUACAGCCUCAAAAUCCCCUGCUUCUACACAUGUACAAGUGGUUUAUAGAACAUGGUGUACUAAUAUUUCUAAAUACCAUGUUCCAUAACACUUUUUGGUUAUGACCGAUUUCAAGUUUUACUUUUGGAGAUGUAUAUUAUUAAAUUUAAGCAGUGUUGUUUUUCUUCUUAUACUUGUAUAGUCUGAACACUACUUACUGAUAAUAAGUGCUUUUUAUUGGUCUA